GCAUUGGAGCUGGCAGUAAGAAGGAAAGCAGCCAUUUCAUGCCAGUGCAGGAAGCCUAAAUAGAUUUUUCCCUCUGCAUCUUCUCCUUUUAUGUUGCUUUCAUUUCAGUAUUACAUGAUUACCUUGUGCUUUGUCAUCUGAAAACUUCAGCCCAGCAGGAUUUCAUUUCUUUCUUUUUUUGAACCUGUCUUUUUAAACAACUGAAGUAUACUCCAAAAGCAUGUAUGAUGGGUAAAAAAGGGGGGGUUGAACAAAUCUGGAGAAUGAGAAUGGUUUAGUCAUGUGAGUCUUGAGCUUCAGAUGAAGUUUCAUUGUAGAUCCUUUUGUCUUUAGUGCAGAGACAGUUUGUUCAAAAGCAGUAAUCAUUUGAGAACAUUGUACUGCAGCUGUGAAGUGAAGAAGUGUACAGAAUAUUGCAAGUGAUACUGCAUAGACUUUGCAAUUAUAUAAUUGCUAAGUAAACAUAGAAAACUGUCACAAUUGUCUUUGCUUUCCCUCUUAACAGGGAAGUCCUACAAUUUAAGAUUUCUUUUUCCCUUUUUGUAAAAGCCAGAGGCAAAUUAACCAUGCUACUAGAUUUUAAAAGCCAAAUACAAUCACUGGAGUGAAUAAAUCUGCAGGAGGAGACUUCAUAAAUGAACUUGCCAGGCACUCUUUUGACUCAGACUGCAAAAACCUAGUGGCUUGCAGUGUUGUGGAUUCUUCUGUCAGCCGAAUAGGAAAUGUCUUUCUUUCUUUUUUUAAAACGGAGAUACCUUCCUGUAGUCACAGCAUGGAAUAUACCAGAGCUUACUCAGUAAUGGGCAUGGUAGAGCUGUACUUCAUAACCAGAGCCCUCUCAAUUUCAGUUGCCUGUUCAGUGGGAUUUUGAAGGAAUACUAUUAAAGCCUAACUUGAAUGAAUACUUGUCUUGGAUGCUGUUUUGUGGUAGCCCUGCAAGGUAUGACUAGUUUCAGACGUUCCUGAGAGCUGAUGACAGAAGUAAUCAACCCACAGGUGUCUAGAUGUGUAAGAUACAAGAUAAAGUUAGUUAAGUUGUCAGCUGUGGGACAAGGCUCUUCAGGAGGGGUGUGGCACCAAGAUUUGGAUUAUGAAGACCUGAAGACCUAUUGCAGGCUCUGUGGAGAUGGAUACUAGACAAAUACAGUCAGAAUUUCCUGAUGUAAAAGUAUUAUCCAGGACCAUGGAGGUGCUGCAGUGCGAUGGCUGCGAUUUUCGAGCUCCAUCCUAUGAAGACCUUAAAGCUCACAUUCAAGAUGUUCACACUGCAUUUUUGCAGCCAACAGAUGUUUCUGAGGAAAGUCCUAGCCAGCCAAGGUCUGGCUCCAUGAAUGCUAGCAACCAGACAGAGGUCGAAUUUUCUUCUAUAAAGGAUGAAUUUACAAUUGCAGAUGAAAUUGCAGGGCAAAAUGCAGUUCAGAUGGGGACUGGAAGUUAUUAUAGCCAUAGCCAGAGUUUUUAUAGCCAGCACAUGGCCCCAAAUCCUAAACCAACAAACAAGUUUUUCCAGUGCAAAUUCUGUGUGCGUUACUUCAGAUCCAAAAACCUUCUCAUAGAACAUACCCGAAAAGUGCAUGGCACACAAGCUGGAGGGAGCUCGGUGGGGCCGCCUGCUGCUGGAUCCUUAAAUUACAACAUCAUGAUGCAUGAAGGGUUUGGCAAAGUUUUCUCUUGCCAGUUCUGCACCUAUAAAUCACCAAGGCGUGCAAGGAUUAUUAAGCACCAGAAAAUGUAUCACAAAAAUAAUCUAAAGGAGAGUUCAACUCCCCCUGCCACUGCAGCUGCCAUAUCUGAAUCUGCAUCUGCAUCCGUGCCAGUACAGGAAUCCUGCAAGGAGCUACCUGCUGAAGUAGUAGAGCGUAGCAUCUUGGAAUCCAUGGUCAAGCCUUUAACAAAGUCCAGGGGCAAUUUUUGCUGCGAAUGGUGUAGCUAUCAGACCCCUCGAAGGGAACGCUGGUGUGACCACAUGAUGAAGAAGCAUCGCAGCAUGGUAAAAAUACUGUCAAGCCUGAGACAGCAACAGGAUGGAACCGGGUUGCCUGAUGUGCAGAACAAGAGUGCACCGAACUCCGCCCCAAACUCCAACUAUAUCUCUAUGAAUGCUACAGGACGUGAGAUGCCGAAUGCCAAUAUCUCAAACUUCAGAGGUUCUAUGAGUAACUCCCUUAUCAGACCCAAUUCUUCUACAUCUUCAAAGUUUUCUUCUGUGUCUUAUCCUCAAAUGAAGCCUAAGUCACCUCAUAACUCUGGUAUGGUUAAUUUGUCUGACAGAUCCCGCUAUGGAAUAGCUGACAUGACAAAUUCUUCUGCUGACCUGGAAACUAAUAGUAUGCUAAAUGACUCUAGCUCUGAUGAAGAGCUAAAUGAAAUAGACAGUGAGAACGGCUUGAACUCCAUGGAUCACCAGACCUCAGGAAUGUCUGCAGAGCAGCUGAUGGGAUCUGAUGGUAACAAAUUAUUGGAAACAAAGGGGAUACCCUUUAGAAGAUACAUGAACAGGUUCCAGUGUCCUUUUUGCCCUUUCCUCACUAUGCACCGCCGAAGCAUCUCCCGCCAUAUUGAGAACAUCCACUUGUCUGGGAAGACGGCUGUAUACAAGUGCGAUGAAUGUCCUUUCACUUGUAAGAGUUCAUUAAAACUUGGAGCUCAUAAACAGUGUCAUACAGGUACAACAUCAGAUUGGGAUGCUGUGAAUUCCCAGAGUGAAAGCAUAGCCUCCUCUCUGAAUGAAAGCACAGUGUCUUAUGAAAGUGGAAAUAUAAAUGGCAGGAAGUCAGGCGGAAUGAUGGAAUCCGUGCAGCAGCAACAGCAGCAGUCCCCUCAACCCCACUCGCAACACCCUUAUAAAUGCACGCUGUGCAACUACUCCACAACUACUUUGAAAGGUCUCCGAGUUCAUCAACAACACAAGCAUUCUUUUUGUGAUAACUUGCCAAAAUAUGAGGGACCGUCAUCCAAUGCUCCACAAGAGAGUGAGGUGGAUGCCCAUGCUGCCUCCAGCACUGUGAAGAAAAGCCAGACCUCAAUUCUUGGGUUAUCAUCUAAAAAUAACUUUGUAGCUAAGGCCUCUCGAAAACUGACAAAUGACUUUCCCCUAGAUCUAUCACCCGUGAAGAAGCGAACUAGAAUUGAUGAAAUAGCUAGCAACUUACAGAGCAAAAUCAACCAAAACAAGCAGCAAGAAGAUGCAGUGAUUAAUGUAGAGGAUGACGAAGAGGAGGAGGAAGACAAUGAAGUGGAGAUAGAAGUAGAAUUGGACAAGGAAGAAGAACAAACAGAGCCAUUGAUGGAGGUGUCUAGUUCCUAUGCACCCCAGCAAAUGUGGGGAAGAGAUACUAAUGAUUCUCAGAAGGAGACUAAUUUCAGGAACAUGCCGCAUGAUUAUAAUUCCACCAAUGGGGCAGAAAUUGAGCUAACUUUAUCUGAAGAUGAGGAAGAUUAUUACUGCUCUUCUGUCAACAUGAAGGAUCAUCAAGGGCCUAAUGCAUCUCUUUUGGGCAGCCAGUCGAGUAUGUAUGGAUCUGAUCAAAACAGUGAAAAUGCAGAGUUUAAUGAUUCCGGACGGCUUUAUUAUUGCAAACACUGUGACUUUAGUAACAAAUCUGCCAGGAGUGUUAGCACCCACUACCAACGGAUGCACCCUUACAUUAAGUUCAGCUUUAGGUAUAUCUUAGACCCUAACGAUCAUAGUGCUGUGUACAGAUGCCUUGAAUGUUACAUUGACUACACCAACUUUGAAGACCUGCAGCAGCAUUAUGGUGAGCAUCAUCCUGAAGCUAUGAAUGUACUCAACUUUGAUCAUUCCGAUCUGAUCUACCGCUGCCGCUUUUGCUCUUACACUAGCCCGAAUGUUAGAAGCUUGAUGCCACACUACCAAAGAAUGCACCCAACUGUUAAAAUUAACAAUGCAAUGAUAUUUUCAAGCUAUGUAGUUGAGCAGCAAGAAGGGUUAAAUGCAGAGUCGCAAACACUGAGAGAGAUCUUGAAUUCUGCUCCGAAGACCAUGGCAACUUCGACCCCAGUGGCCCGCGGGGCUGGCAUGCCUGCUACAUUUAACAAAAAUGCUUCAAAGAGUUUUAGUCCAGAAUGUGAAAAUCAGAAAGAGCCUUCAGUUAAUAGCGUUGUGGUGUAUGACUGUGAUGUGUGUUCGUUUGCAAGCCCUAACAUGCAUUCUGUUCUGGUGCAUUAUCAGAAAAAACACCCUGAAGAAAAGGCUUCGUAUUUCAGGAUUCAGAAGACCAUGCGGGUGGUGUCUGUCGACAGGGGUUCUGCCUUGGCUCAACUGUCCUUUGAGCUGGGAACUCCCAUCUCCCCAAAACUGUCCAACAUGGCUUCGCAGCCACCACCUCCCCCUCCACCACCACCAGACCUCACCACUGAACUCUACUACUGCAAGCACUGUUCAUAUAGCAACCGCUCAGUGGUAGGAGUGCUCGUCCACUAUCAGAAAAGGCAUCCAGAAAUAAAGGUCACUGCGAAAUACAUUAGACAGACGCCCCCCACAGCAGCAAUGAUGAGGGGUGGUGAAAUGCCACCAGGCAUUCAGAGGCCACCAGCGUCUAUGCAGCUGAACAGGGGCAGCUCUGAGAGCUCUGUGGCUCCCCUUGAGAAUGAAAUGUUCUUCUGUCAGCAUUGUGAUUAUGGAAAUCGGACCGUUAAAGGCGUGCUCAUUCAUUAUCAAAAGAAGCAUCGUGACUUCAAAGCCAAUGCAGAUGUGAUCAGACAGCACACGGCCACAAUUAGGAGCCUUUGCGAUCGUGGCCAGAAAAAAUUGUCCAGCAGCAUGCCUGCGCCCACUUCCAAUGCAGAGCGGGACAAGGCUAAACUCAGAGCUCUCAAAUGCCGUCAAUGUUCCUACACAUCACCUUAUUUUUAUGCACUGAGGAAGCAUAUUAAGAAAGACCAUCCAAGUCUGAAGGCCACAGUUACAUCCAUUUUACGAUGGGCAUUUUUGGAUGGCUUAAUAGAAGCUGGUUAUCACUGUGAAUGGUGUAUUUAUUCACAUACAGAGCCUAGCGGUUUGCUCGUGCAUUAUCAAAGGAGACAUCCUGAGCAUUAUGUUGAUUAUACAUACAUGGCCACUAAACUCUGGGCAGGUCCAGAUCCUUCCCCUCCAGCCCUAGUGAUGCCAUCAGAGGCAAAAACCUAUAAAUGCAGAGACUGCAUUUUUGAAGCAUCUUCCAUUUGGGAUAUUACAAAUCACUAUCAGGCUUUUCAUCCUUGGGCCAUGAAUGGGGAUGAAUCUGUGUUGCUGGAUAUCAUCAAGGAGAAAGAUGCUGCUGAGAAAGCUGGGACCCAGUCCGAUGAAGUCGGGACUAGAGUUAAUUCUGAUGACCAGAUAACCACAUCACAGAUGGAACAGGAUGUCGAUUGUGCAGAAGAUUCCAGCCUUCCCCAGGAAAAAAAUGUCCAGCUGGCCUCUGCAAACCCUGCGAUAUCCUCCACGCCAUAUCAGUGCACGGUGUGCCAGUCUGAAUACAAUAACUUGCACGGGCUCCUGACGCAUUAUGGCAAAAAACAUCCUGGCAUGAAAGUUAAAGCUGCAGAUUUUGCACAGGACAUAGACAUUAACCCAGGAGCCGUGUACAAAUGCAGGCAUUGCCCAUACAUUAAUACGCGGAUCCACGGUGUCCUUACACACUACCAGAAACGGCAUCCGUCAAUAAAGGUCACCGCUGAGGAUUUUGUGCAUGACGUGGAGCAGUCUAAUGACAUGGCCCAGAAUGAUGUGGAAGAAACGAGUAGGAUUUUCAAGCAAGGGUAUGGUGCUUACAGAUGCAAAUUAUGCCCUUAUACCCAUGGCACUUUGGAAAAGCUUAAAAUUCAUUAUGAAAAAUACCACAACCAACCUGAAUUUGACGUGUUUGCGCAGUCACCAUCAAAGGUGUCUGCGUCCAUGGAGCCGGGGGGUACCCCCGAAAUAAAGGCUUCUCCGGAAAUUGCUGCUGAGGACAUCGGAGAAGUUACCGUGACAGCUUCUCAUUUCUCGAGCUCUCAUCUCGUGUCUCACACGGUGUUCCGCUGCCAGCUGUGCAAAUAUUUCUGCUCCACCCGGAAGGGGAUAGCCAGGCACUACCGCAUCAAACACAACAAUGUCCGGGCGCAGCCCGAAGGCAAAAACAACCUCUUCAAAUGUGCUUUGUGUUCCUACACAAACCCCAUCCGCAAAGGGCUUGCAGCACACUACCAGAAACGGCAUGACAUUGACGCUUAUUACACUCAUUGCCUGGCAGCCUCCAGGACGGUAAGUGACAAGCCCAGCAAAGUGAUCAUUCCGUCGCCUCCCAAAGACACCUCUCCUCAAUUGAGUGAGGAGCUGAGGAGGGCAGUGGAAAAGAAAAAGUGCUCGCUUUGUUCCUUCCAGUCCUUUAGCAAAAAAGGCAUCGUGUCCCACUACAUGAAGCGUCACCCUGGCGUUUUCCCUAAGAAGCAGCAUGCGAGCAAGCUGGGGGGCUACUUUACAGCUGUGUAUGCUGACGAGCAUGAAAAGCAGACUCUAGGAGAGGAGAGAAAUGAUUUUGAAAAGCCUGAGGUGGAGAAUGAGGCUCAGGAAAUUGAGUGGCUUCCUUUCAGGUGCAUAAAAUGUUUCAAACUAUCCUUCAGCACGGCCGAGCUGCUGUGUAUGCAUUACACUGACCACCACAGCAAGGAUUUGAAGAGAGACUUUACCAUACUGGGAUGUGGCACCCGCUCUCAGAGCUCUGCCUACCAGUGCAAGCACUGUGAUAGUAAACUGCAUAGCAUGGCAGAACUGACCUCACACUUAAACAGUCACAAUGAGGAAUUCCAGAAGCGUGCCAAACGUCAAGAGAGGAGGAAACAGCUUUUGAGCAAGCAGAAAUAUGCAGAUGGUGCUUUUGCAGAUUUCAAACAAGAGAGGACAUUCGGUCACUUGGAAGAUGUAUCAAAAUUUAAGGAGAGGAAAGUUGUUGGAUACAAAUGUAAAUUUUGCGUGGAAGUUCAUCCCACCCUUCGAGCCAUCUGUAAUCACCUUCGCAAGCAUGUUCAGUAUGGGAAUGUCUCUUCUGUGACAGCUACCGUAAAGCAGGAAGCGGAAGAUUCUUCAAACACAACUUUGGAGGGUUUUGAGGGAGCAAAAGACCAUGGCAUGGUGGAAUUUACUGAAGCUGAAUCUGGAGCAUCCUUGGAAGAUGAAACCAGGCCUGGGGGCUACCACUGCAGCCAGUGUGACCGGGUUUUGAUGUCUAUGCAGGGUCUGCGAUCUCAUGAGAGAAGUCAUUUGGCUCUGGCCAUGUUUACCCGUGAAGACAAGUACAGCUGCCAGUAUUGCUCCUUUGUCUCUGCGUUCAGGCACAAUUUGGAUCGCCAUAUGCAGACUCACCACGGACACCAUAAACCAUUCCGUUGCAAACUCUGCCCAUUCAAGUCCUCCUAUAAUAGCCGUCUGAAAACUCAUAUACUCAAAGCUCAUGCUGGUGAACAUGCCUACAAAUGCUCCUCCUGCUCAUUUUCCACCAUGACAAUCAGCCAGCUGAAAGAGCACUCCUUGAAAGUGCAUGGGAAAGCACUGACACUACCAAGACCCCGCAUUGUCAGCCUUGUAGCCUCACUCGCCCAACACGCCUCCAAGAACCACACUCCUGCUGAAGAAGUGGAGGACUCUAAUGAUUCUUCAUACUCAGAACCUCCUGACGUUCAGCAACAGCUGAAUCACUAUCAGUCGGCAGCUCUGGCCAGGAACAACAACAAUAUUAGCCCCAUCCCACUUUCUGGGGCUGCUGCAGGAGCUGAACAGAAAACUGAAGCCAUCCUUAACUGUGAAUUUUGUGAAUUCUCCUCGGGUUACAUUCAGAGCAUUCGGCGUCACUACCGUGACAAACAUGGAGGGAAGAAGCUCUUUAAGUGCAAAGAUUGUUCCUUUUAUACAGGCUUUAAAUCUGCUUUUACUAUGCAUGUGGAAGCCGGCCAUUCAGCAGUUCCUGAGGAAGGACCCAAAGACCUUCGCUGUCCUCUUUGCCUGUACCACACCAAAUACAAACGUAACAUGAUUGACCACAUAGUCCUGCACAGAGAAGAGCGAGUUGUUCCUAUUGAAGUCUGCCGAUCCAAACUGUCAAAAUACUUGCAGGGAGUAGUUUUCCGCUGUGAUAAGUGUACCUUCACCUGCUCCAGUGAUGAGAGCUUACAGCAGCACAUAGAGAAGCACAAUGAACUGAAACCUUACAAAUGCCAACUGUGCUACUAUGAGACCAAACACACGGAGGAGCUGGACGCUCAUCUUCGAGAUGAGCAUAAAGUGAGUCGUAAUUUUGAGCUGGUUGGGCGGGUUAACUUGGAUCAGCUGGAACAAAUGAAAGGGAAAACCGAGAGCUCCAGCAGCGAUGAGGAGGAAAAGGAAGAGGAGAUGAGCCCCAAGACUGAAGAGAGAGAUUCCAUGAUGUUCUCUGACAGUGGCGCUCCUGAGAAGCGUUUUCCAUGUGAGUUUUGUGGGAGGUCAUUUACAGAGGGCUCUGAGUGGGAACGGCACGUGCUGAGACAUGGCAUGGCCCUGAAUGAAAGUAAGCGAGGGAUCAGUGAGGAUGAGCAGCCAAAGGAGAACAUGGAGGAAAAUGUCAAGGUACCCUCAGCAGAAGAAAAGGAAAGCAGUGAGGAAAUGGUGGACUUUUCCCACAAGAAUGAAACUGCAGUCCUUGGUGUGGCUGCCGAUAAAUCUCUCCAAGAGAACACAGAGGCCAAAAACGAAUAAGCAUUUGGUGUGAUUUUAAUUAACCUACUUGAACAGUGAUGAAAGGGGUGGGGGGUGGGCUGAAGAAACAAAGCUGCUUUUAGGACUGAAUGAUCUAUUUUCAAAGCACUGGUACCUGUGUGAGUGUGUGUAUAUUAAAGUUAUUUAAAUGAUGGAAUAAGUGGCUCCAUUACAUCACUGCAUCUUUUCUUCUGGAUUUUGACAAUGGGAAGUUACAUUCAUCUUGGACUAACGAAGCAACUUCCCAGGUUCCUACAUUACACAAUGUGCUUUGCAAUGGAGACUUGGAUUUUGAGAAUGGAAGCAUCGUGAGCGUCGAAGAAGGGGGGACAACUUUCUGACGCACAAAUUUCAGUGCGUUUUUCUAGUUUUAAUACAUUACACUUUUCCAGACUGAAUGCAACUGCUUUAGAAAAGAAAAGAAAAGAAAGGAUAAAAAAAAAAACUGCUUUGCAUAAAACAGUCACCUGUUUCUUAGUACCUCAAAAUUAACCAAGGGAAAUCUCUGCAUUUGUCAGUACUACCUGUUGUCGUUGUGGUUAAAUGUAGAGACUGUUGGCUGAGAUGGUGAAUGGAGGAAGAAAAAAAAAGAAGUUUUAAAGAAAGGAAAACAAAUUGUGCUUAAAAUCCCAGUGUGGGUUUUAUUUCUUAAAAUACUGUGAUUUUUUAAUUAUUUUAGUAAAAAAAAAUACAAAAAAAAAAGAGAGAGAGACUUUAAUUCCUAGAUAACUGUUUGUGAAUUGUCAUCCUUUAUUCCAGGUAAGCUGUUCGUUAGUAUUCAACUAUAAUUUUAGGGUUUGAUAGAUUCAUGUGACUGAUUGUGCGGUUUUAUUUGCCACACGUUUGUUUUCUAUCUGCCUGAGGUGUUACAAAUACAGCACAAUUCAGUUUCUCAUGUAAAAUGAUUUCUUUUUCAAUGGGGGGGGGUUGGGGGAAAGGAGACUUGUUCUUGCGAACAAAUUUUUUUUUAAACAUAUGGAAAUAACAAAGAAGUUUAACUUUUUUUAAAAAUUGAAACUAAAGAACCAAACUUACGGCACAGCUAUGCAGCUUGCGGACCAGCCACUUAGGUCCUCAUAACCGUUCUGUUGCUUGUCAAAUUAACAUUGAUCAGUCUCAUGCCAGUAACUUUCCAUUACUGUUGGCUGCCUUUUUGUUUGUGGUGUGUGGUUUUUUGUUUUUGUGCAGUGGGGAGGUGGGAGGGGUCUCUGAUAACACAUGUUUUUGCAAGGGGAGGUGAAAUAGUUACAUACUACAUGGAGCUUGAAUCUAACUCGAGUCAAGACGGGAGUUGCUAUUUUUCCCUCCUCCUUAGCAUGAGGGGAGCAGCAUAGAAUAAAUAGGAAUCUUCACCCACGGGGAAGGAUCCUGCACUCUUUUUCCCCGUUGGUGCAACACCCACUGAAGUCUAUGGGAGUUUAGCCUGAGUAAGGAGUGCAGAAUCCAGGCCCAUGGUAUGUUCUGACCGUGAACAAAAAAGAGUUUCUUUCCAAAAAGUAGAAAGUACUUGACUGAAACCUAGUUUUAGAAAUGCAUGUGUCUCUUUGUUUGUUUUUUUGUUUUUGGUGGGAUGUAUUGGGAGGGAGGGGAAAAAACAGGAAGCUGGUUAGAAGACGGCAUCCCACAGAGCUUCACAUAAAAUUGAUGGCAAAAAUGUUGCAUUGUGGAAUAAAUGCUACUUGAAAAGCAUGGUGGUUUUGCUUUUAAGGAUUCACCUUCUGGGGGUUUCUUUGGAGGUGGGAGGGAGCAUCAUGUGGAAAACACAGCAGAGGGACAAGUAUAAAUACACAUUUUGUGUCUGUAUUUGUUUUUUAAUUGGCCUCAUUUCAAAUGUAUUUAAACAGUUCCAUACCUGGAUUGGGUGUUUGUAAUGGUUACCAAAAACAAAAAAGAAAAAAAAAUGAAAUAAAUGAUUGUGACAUGCUUUUAUCACUACUUUAUUUUUCAAAUAACAUGUAAAUAUUAUAAUCCAUUGGAUUUUGUUUUACUAACCUGUUAAUAAAAAUAUGGGACCAUUAUCCUUUUAACAAGCCUAGAAUGUCAUAUAUUUCUUUCUUCCCCCCCCCCCCAAUGUAUACCUGAUCUAUUGUGAACACCACAUUUUAGAUGCAUUAUUAUGAAUUCUGUUAACUGUAAUGAUGACAUAGAAUUGAAAAUAACAUUUUUUUUCAUUGUUUAAUUUAUACAGAGGACUUUUUCAGAGUUUGACAGAUGGAAAUAAAUAGCAAAAUGCUAACCCAUCGCCUCCAGUACUCAGUAUUUCCUGAUUUUAAAUUACUGCUUACUGAUGGGGGAGGCGGAGGAUUGUUGCACUGAUGGGUUUGGGGGGUUUCUGGUUUUUCUUUUUAAGGCAAUGAAAAUGAAUAAAGACUUUUUAAAAGUG